AUGGCCGGGAAAGCGCAAGCGUCGAUCCACGCCCUUGCUCCGGUCCAGCAGCCGGCAAAUCCCCGCCGACGACGCUGCAGUCGCGCGCGCGUCGCCAGUGCUGCGCACUCUUUCGUACCGUACACACACGCCGCGUACGACGCACGCCACCGGCGCGAAACGCCUUUUCAGCAGCGCGCGCGUUUUCGCACACGCCGCGUUUGUCCCCGCGAGACUCGAACCCGGACGAUACGACCGACCGGAUGAGGCAGGCUUCCUCCUCCGGGAUCGUGAUUCCAGUUCGCCGCCAGUGUAUUUUUUCGAGAACCUCGUACUCGUAAUACUAUUGUAAUAUAGUAUUGUUGUAGAUUGCGAUGUCGACGACGCGUUAUUAGCGCGCCGACAGCGACAAUCGCGAGGGAAUCGACGCGAAUCGAAAAUAUCGUAACGCCCGCCGACGACGACCCGAAAACAACGCCACAGCGGCCCUGAAAAUCGCCGCCGCCCAUGCCGUACCGGAGCGGCCGCCGCGACCAGGCGACGGCCCGCGACGUUUCGCCGGCGACGACGACGACGCCGACGCCGCACCCGUUCGUGCACAUAUGUUACAACCGCGGCCGUCCCGGAACCGACUUCCGCUCGUCGUACCGUCGUCAUCACAUGACUAUGGCGUCGUCAGAGGUCUAACAAGGAGUAUGGGAAGAGAGGCAUGGGCCUACGGCUGGACCAGAGACUAUUUAGCAAAGUCACGGUAGUCUUCGCAGCUCUCGUUCUCUCGCUGUUCAACAGGGUCCUAGUCUCAACUACCGGGUCGACGUUCAACGAUGCUGUACACAUCACGGCCAUCGUGGGCGAAUCAGUCGUGUUCAACUGCCAAGUGGAGUUCCCAGCCGAACACCCCGUGCCUUACGUUUUACAGUGGGAGAAAAAAGGUCUCGACAUACCGAUAUUCAUUUGGUAUGACAACUAUCCCACACACAGCGGUUCGGGAUACGAAGGCCGAGUGGCUAGAGUCUCCCAGGACUCGCCAUACGGUCUCGCUUCGCUCAACUUGACCAAUAUACAAGAGUCGGACCAAGGUUGGUACGCCUGCAAAGUGGUGUUUCUCAACCGGUCACCAACCAAUAAAAACGGCACGUGGUUUCAUCUAGACGUCCACGCUCCUCCGAAAUUCGUCACCAUCCCCGGUGAAGUACAAUACAUAAAUGUCGGAGAUUCCAUUAUUCUAAACUGUCAGGCUGUGGGGACACCUACGCCCGAAAUCGUGUGGUUCAAAGACGCCACAGACGUGCAGCCGACGACCACUGUAGGCAUAUUCAAUGAUGGCACUGAACUGAGGAUAUCUAACAUCCGAACUGAGGACAUCGGGGAUUACACGUGCAUCGCCAGAAAUGGCGAAGGACAAAUUAGCCACACGGCUAGGGUUUUGAUAGCGGGAGGAGCUGUAAUCAUGUCACCGCCAACAAACCAGACGAAACUGGAAGGCGAAAAAGUCGAAUUCACGUGCGGUGCCAAAGCCAUGCCCGGUAAUGUCACUGUCCGGUGGUCUCGUGACGGAGCUUUUGUGAAGUCGAUUGCAUCGCUGGAAACCAGAGUGACCAUCAAAAAAGAUGGUUCUAUGGUUAUAAAUCCCGUCAGCGCUGAUGACUCGGGCCAAUAUCUCUGCGAAGUCAGCAACGGCAUUGGCGACCCACAAUCCGCCUCUGCCUAUUUAAACGUCGAAUAUCCAGCCAAAGUUACAUUCACGCCGACCGUACAGUAUUUACCGUUCAGAUUAGCUGGCGUUGUUCAAUGUUACAUUAAAGCCAACCCGCCUUUGCAAUACGUCACAUGGACCAAAGACAAACGUUUACUCGAGCCUUAUCAGCAGAAAGAUAUCGUUAUCAUGAACAACGGUUCGCUGUUAUUUACCAGGGUCAAUCAAAACCACCAGGGAAGAUACACGUGUACACCCUACAACGCACAGGGUACUCAAGGAUCAUCCGGGCAAAUGGAAGUGUUGGUGAGGAAACCUCCAACAUUCACCGUUGAACCAGAGAACAUGUACCAGCGCAAAAUCAGCGAAUCGGUAGAGAUGCAUUGCGACGCACAAGAGGCCGAAGGCACCCAAAAGCCCAAGAUUCAAUGGCAAAGAAGAGAUGGGGCUCCGUUGCCCAAAGGUCGUCACAGCAUACACGGUGGUAAUAUCACAAUAGAAAACCUCAGAAAAACCGAUUUUGGAUAUUAUCACUGUGUCGCGAGUAACGAAGUGGCCACAAUAGUUACAACCACUCAUUUGGUCGUCGAGGGCACUCAGCCACAUGCCCCUUACAACGUUUCGGCAAACGCUUCCGAGACGACCGUUACACUUCAGUGGCUACCCGGUUACAGCGGCGGUCCCGAUUACAAACAAGACUAUACGAUUUGGUACAAGGAACCAGGGAUGGCGGACUGGUCUACAAUACCUGUCACUCCGUCGGGGAGCACGCAAGUCACCAUAAACAGACUAACUCCGGACACGACGUACGAGUUUCAAGUGGUAGGGAAGAACGCGUUGGGCGACGGAAUGCUUAGCAAAGUUAUUUCGAUCAAGACACUGGCAGCCGUACCAUUAACCGUGGCCAAAAAAACAAGUCCCGCGCCACCGGUCACCGAGUUACCUCCUCCCCCAAGCGACGACGUUGUCGACUAUAGCGACCUCAUUUUACCCACUGAAUCUUCUGGUGCUACAUUGUACCCACCGGUAUUCAGACCAAAAGGACCAAAACCCGGACCACCGAGAAAUGUAUCCAUCGCCGAAGUCAAAAAUGGCUUCGUCAUAUCUUGGCAAGCUCCAUUAGAAAGAGCUCAUUUAGUCCGUUACUACGUCAUCAACUAUAAGACAGAUGGGAUUUGGAGAACUUUGAACAAAGCACAAAUCAGGGCAGAGGACACACGUUAUCUGGUAAAAAGUCUGGUGGGAGGUCGUACCUAUUAUUUCCGAGUGGUCGCGUACUCUUUGAAGAGUUUCGAAAACAGCGAAGAAAUCAAAUUCCCCGUACCGGCCAGGGUGAAACAUAAGGCCAUCACAGCGGGCGUCGUUGGCGGGCUGUUGUUCUUCAUCGUCGCCAUAAUAUUGUCCGUGUGCGCGGUGAAGAUUUGCAACAAGAGGAAACGGAGAAAACACGAAAAAGCUUACAACAUGGUCGCGUGUAGAAUUACGGACGCCAGAAAUGGUGGCCAAAUACCGGGGACUAGUCAAGUGCCUUUAAAAAAAUCUAGAUCAACCCGAAUAUCAAGUCUGAGCAGCGGAUGCAACGUCGUUCUGAACAUGGUGGCGCGGCCGUCCCGUUCGAGUUCGUUCCUGGACCGCGGUGGCCAAGACUGCGUGGACGGUCUGCCGGAUGGGCAACGCCCACGCCGCCGCCUCGGCCGCAUCUCCCGGUCGGCCGACGGCCGGUUCGUGUUGACCGGCGACUCUGGGCCGUCCAGCCGACGGGGCAGCGGGUGUUCGUCGUCAGGCAGCAGUGACGACGGCGGGUUCCUGUCCCAUCCGAGUUUCUCCAACCGGACGUGGAGCCGACAGCCGCUACUGACGGUCAGCGGCAGCAGUGGCGGCGGCGGCGGCGGUGGCCCGAGGUGGACAGAGGACACGGUCGUCGACGACCGCCGCCGGCCGAUCGUGGCCGUGGCCACGGUGUGCGACCCGCGGACGCCGUACGGUUUCGACCGUUCAACGGCGCCCGCGGGUCCCGGUGCCGCCGACGACCGGACGACGCUGCGGAGCGUGCACGAGCGGUACAGCCAACAGCUGCCGUCGCUGAGGGCGAUACACGAAGAGAACCACCGGACGCUGAUGCGCCGGCUGCAGCCAGCCAGUCCCAGGUACAACCCGAACCCGGGCCGGUACCGGUCCAGGCACAUGCGGUACGCCCGGAGCGCCCCGGAACUCACGUCCGACGGCACCGCACCCGUCAACAACACCGUCAGUGAACGGUCGCCCGAGAGCCGUUCCAGUUCCAGCGGGUUUGGUUCCAAGAAUACUACAUCCAGCGUGCAGCACCAAAACGCCGGGGCGGCUAGCGUGCUGGACGACUGGUGUGGGGGCCGGGUCGGGCCACUGCCGCCGUACAAACACCCGCCGCCGCCGCCACCGCCGCCGCCCCACCCGUCGUCGCUGUUCUACGCCGACGGACGGUGGUUGGACUUCGGCGCGCCGCAUGUCCGGCUGCCGUCGUCGCCGCCACUGCCACCGCUGCUGUUCGGCAGCGCCGACAGCUGUGGGAGCAGCACGGCCGCCAGCGACAAGCCGCCACUGAGCGUCGACGACCAGUACGAGUUCGACCCGGUGUUCCCGCUGACGCCGACGCCCACCGAGCUGCUCCAGCAGACAGCGCUGUUCGGGCCUACCGUCGCGUGCACGCCGUCCCCGUCCCGGUCCCGGACGCCCACGCAGCUCAAGAAGGCCAAGUACGACAGCGUCGAGGCACGGCUCCGGGCCAUGAAGGAGGAGUUCCACGCGUACAAGCGCCGUCAGGCCCAGAUGGCCGGCGCGAUGAGGCAUCAGCACCACUCCGUCGGAUACGUCGAGAGCGCGUGUUGACAACGGCCUACUCUUGCCCUCCCUCCCCAUCACCGGCUACUCGCCCGCCGGAACGACGUUUCGCGCGCAAUAAACCAAAAAAAUAAAGCUCAAAGACAAAAAAAAAAUCUUAAUAAUAAAUUUCGCGCGCGAUCACAGAACAAUGAUAUUAAUAACUAAUAUAAUAUAUUAUUAUGAUUAAUAAUAUGAUGUGCAUAGAUUUAAACGUUACCGUAAUUAUUUGUUGUUAAAAAAAAAAAAAAAAUGUUUUAAACUCAGUGCGACGUAGGUACCUACACGUGUCGACUGUUGUUGGUAGGGCUGACCUGCGACGCGCGUCACGUGGUUCUAUAAUAUUAUACUAUUUAAUUAUUGUGUAUUUAAUAAUAUUGCGUUUCAUAUAAUAUAUUAAUUACUAUAGUCGUAUUUCUAAAAUUUAAAAAUAUAUUGUAUAUAUAAAAAAGAAAAAACUCGACAAAGUAAUGGCAUGGUAGUGUGUAGUAGUGUCGGAGAGGCAUAAAUUAAAAUAUGAUUGAAAUUUCAUGUUGAUUUAUUAUCGUUUUAUUUAGUUGUUUGUUUUCAUUUUUUUUUUUUUUUUU